UUAUGACUUGUCCCUUUAUAUUACCGAUUAUGUCGAGUUUUUUCGAAAUUCCUACCGCGCGCUGUGUGCAAAAAGUGAAAUAAGACUUGCGCGGCAUAUUUUAGAUUAAAAUUAGUGUUCUUGUGGUGUGGCUCCGUGCAUUUUGAACGCGAGAAAUCCCGCACGAAGUUGGAAAGAAAUGGGGUAACGUUAAAAUUUUCUUGUGUUCAUACGGUAUGAAAUCGUUCUGUGCAAAGACUGAAGUGAGGCUCGUUGGCUACCAUGCUGUUCAUUAUUGAAUUUUAACUUUGUUUUGGUAAGCAUAUAUAAUUAUCAAGUAUACAAGGAAGCUGCAAAAUAAAAAUGUUCAGACUUUUGACGGUCUAUCUUGAGCAUGCUUGAGCCCACUUCACGUACACCUCCCCCGACGGACAAAAUGGUGGCCCCCCGAUAUCUAGUGCUCUGGAUGCCUUAUUUUAUCGAAAAUCAUUAUGGAAAUUGUCAAAAUCAGCUGUUGUUUAUACAGGAUACUAAAUUCUGAUUAGCGCAACAAUUUACAUUUUAUGUCUGAUUGAAAAAAAUAUUCUAUAACCUAUUUUCUUCUACAUAGAAGUUGUGCCCCUGUCUUAUGGCCCAAAAGAUUUUAAUUGCAGUUCAAACAAUAAAUAUAUUUGUUAGUGUUGGAGUGGUUUGGAGUUGUCGGUUUAAAACCGACAUUCAAACAUCUUAUCACCACAUAUUCUAGUGGUACCCUGAGGCGUUUGAACCUCUCUGGGUAGUAUGUGAUUUGUGGUUGUCAUGGCGGCUGAUAGUGAUGGUGAUCUAAUUCAAACAGUCAUAACGUGUGAAGGUAAUUUAGAAGACCCAGAAUUUCCACACAAAUUUAAAAUUAUUGUUGAUCAUCUUAAAUCUUUGCUUUGCAAAGAUAAUGGGGAUGGUUUAAGAGUAAAUAAGGUAGAGCCAUGGAAUUCUGUCAGAGUCACAUUUUCAAUACCCAGAGAAGCUGCACUACGUCUUCGAGAAUUAGCAGCUCAGGGUUCUCCAACACUUACACAACUUGGAAUUCUUUCAGUACAAGUUGAGGGAGAUCAGGUAAUAUCAUUGAGGAUAGCUAAUCGCUUUAGUGGAGAGGCACAGGAAAUUGUAUUACGUUCAGGAUCUUCACAAGAUAAUAGUGCCAAAUCUCAAAAUGAAUCCACUAGCAAUACAUCUAAUAUGGAUAGUGAACCUCCAACAGCUUUACCUGGUCCAAGUAAUACAACUAGUAUUUCUUCAGCAUUACGUAAUGUGGCUCAAAUAAUUGCAGCUAGUACAUCAUCGGAAAAAGUACCACAAUUUCGUUCUCCAAAUGUAGUUGCACCCACAGACUGUGAUCCUAUUCCACCUUUUCUUGCAAAAUCUGUACAGUCCGCAUCAGGCAGUAACAAUGUUGGUGCCUCUGGAAAUCAAACUGUAACUAAUCCCAGUGCUUCGCCUAGGAAUAAUUAUAAUGGUCCAUUCCCAUUUGCCAGUAUGACACAUGCUGCCCAAGCAAUUCAUAAUCGUGAAUCACAAGCAACCACAAUUAAAAAUACAAUGCAAUUUAAACAUCAUGUUCAGCCACCUCCGCCUUAUCCUGCUCAAGAGAAUUUGGCGACAGUAACAACAUUAACAGCUGGUCAUACUACUACUCAAUCAGUUGUAUCAGUUGGUCAGUUAACAAAUCAGUACAAGUCUUCAAUUACUACUACAUCUAGUCUGUCACCAAACAAUAACAAUCUGGCAGGGAAUUCAAAUGGUAAUGGAAAUCAAGUUGCUUUGUCCAGUCCACUUCUUGUUAAUCUUUUACAAAAUGAUGCUAACACGCAUCCAAAUAAUGUGAUAUCUGGUCAGAAAAUGUUACCACCAGCAGUCAUCGAUAAUUCUGGACUUACAAAUCGUAUGAGACCCACUAAAAAACCAACAGUUAGAAGAAAAGAUUUAGCUUCACCUAAUGAAUCACCACCGAAUUUAGAUUCUCUUAGAACAGAGGAUCUUAUAGGAGGAUCAACAGUAGUUUCUGACUUAUCUCAAUCUUCUACAUCUGCAUUUGCAACUGUUAAUGCUAAUCAAUCUUCAACUAUUUCUCAACAACAUCCAGUUAAUGUAAUUAGUGGCGUUGCACAAAAUAUAGCCCAGCAAGCAGUACAUCAAGCUUCUGUUAGUGGACAAAUACAACAACCUGCAUCAUCACUACAUGCUCAAGUACAAAUACAGCAAAAGUUUCCCAUCAGACAAGAAUUGGCUUAUAGACCAUCGCAAGUACAAUUACAAAGUCAACUUCCAAUUAGACAUCCAGUAAAUGGACAGCAAAUUCGAACACCUUUGCAACAACGACAAUUACUUCUUCAACAGCAACAGCAACAUCAAGUUCAUUUAACACAACAACAACAACAACAACAAUUGAAUCAACAAAAUAUAAAUUCUCCCCAUUUACUUACACAACAGAUUUCAACUCAACAACAAUCUUUGGUACAACCGCAAAAUGUAAAUACAUCGUUACAACCUACAUCCGUUUCCAGUCAACCACUUUUGCAACAACAACAAUUAAUGCAACAUUCGUCAGUAGGCAUAAAUGUUCCACAACAACGGCUUAGUUACUUAAAUAAUCAACGUCAACAAACUCCACCUCCUUAUUCACGACAACAAGUUCCACCACAGUCCCAUUUAGGACAACAAAAUCAAGUAUUGAAUGUGCAACAACAAUUACAUCAUAAUCAACUUAAAAAUGUUAAUGUUAACACUAAUGCCACAACUGAUUUUCGUUAUGGACAAAGUCAAAAUAUUUUAAGCAGAAAUUAUCAAACUACAACUAGUACUGCUAAUGGGACCACGUGGAACGCACAAAAUAAUUCUAUUCCACAAGGUGCUCAGGUUAAUACUAUUCGUCUGCCAACUACGAAUCAGGUUUCAGGUGCCUUUUCUCAGUGUGGAUCUCAUAGUAAUCAUAUUUCUAAUAGUAAUAUUGUUUCACCUGCUACUAAAGUUGAAACUUCUGAAUCUCCUAAUCCUAAAGAAGAGACACCUGAACCAGAGUAUACAUCAACUGGUAAAAUACGACAGUUUCUUAUUAACCCUUUAACUGGGCAUUUGGAACCAAUGCCUAGUGAGAGCUCGGAUUCAGAACCAGAAAGUGCAGUAGAUAAUCAAGAUGAUUUCUUUUCCUUUCCAUCGCCAUCAAAUGAUCGAUCAAAUUCCAUAUUUUCCGACGACGAUGCAGACAGUAAUUUCUCAAGAAGAAAUGAUACAACAACAAAUACAGAUCAGUCAGAUUCUGAAACCACAGUGAAAUCUACUGCCAGUGAAGGAAGUUUGAAGCAUAGCAGAAUAAAAUCUAACAGAGAGACCGCACAAAGUCCAAUGCCUGGAGAGAAAAUCAAAUUAAGACUAAAAUUAGAAAAAUCUGAACCUGUUACACCAGCUUAUAAAGUUGAUGUUUCGUUCGUAAACACACCACCGAUUAGAAAAGCUGAUAAAUCAGUAAAUAAAAUGUUUACUGGUAUUCCCAACUCAGGAACUGGUGAUGAACCAAGAGUGCCUCCCUUACACAUUUCUUUAAGAGGACGUAAUGCUUCUGUAGUACAAAUCAGAAAAAAGGAAAAGAAAUCCCUAAAAGAUGGUGAGUCUGACCCUACUAAUAUAAAAAGGAGAGGGAAAUUAAAAAAAAUGAAAGAAUGUAUAGAUGGGAACAAAUUGUUGCAAAAAAAGUCAUCUUUAAGCAUGAUUAUAGGUACUUCAUCCGCAUCUAAAUUACCUUUAUCUAAUAACACGAUGAUCAACAGUACCAAUUCUAUUAGCAAAGUUAAUAAUAUACUUCAAACAGUUGUAUCAAAACCUAAUGCCUUAAAACAAGAAUUAUCUAUGGAUGUUGUACGUGUACAAACUGGUGUUACAAAACCAAGUUCAAGUAAAAGUAGCGAUGUCGAUGACAUACCAUUAAACAGUCGAAUACCAUCUCCUUCAAAACAUAAAUCCACUAUUUUGAAUCAACCUUUGAAUACACAACAGUCUUUAACAAAAAAUCAAGUUGAACUAGAUGUUCAAAAUCAUGUACAGGAGCAUAAAAUAGGAGGAGGAAAAACUAAAAGAAGAGAUUCUAAAAAGAAAUCAGAAUCAGGAGACGGUUUACAUCGUGAACAAAACUUAUUGUCUGGUGGUAGAAUUUUAGAUAAUCAAGCAAAAUGGAGAAAACUUAAUUAUAAAGGUGAUUCAAGUCAAUCUGUAAGAAAAGUUGAUACACUUUUGACUGGCAAUGAUUUCAAUACUGUCAAAAAAGUAGGAGAAAUCAGAAGAACGAGCGAUAGUGAAAUUACUCGAUCAAUCGAAAAGAAUACCUUAAAUGCUGUUGCUUCAAGAUUAACUGAAGUAAAUGGUGUAAAAAAAGAUUUAAUUAGUCAAGAAAAAAGGAGAAGAUUAAGUUUAAUGGAUGAGAAAGAUCUGCAUUUAGGAGAAUCUCAAGAUGCAGAAACCACACAUUUUAAUAAUCAGAAGACCAUUUCUGAAUGUUCUUCAGCCAGUACAGUUCCAAAUACAAAUACAAAUACAAAUACAAAUACAAAUACAAAUACAAAUAUAAAAUCUGCUAGUAAUUCAUCAUUUGAGAAUGAAACUUCUGGAUUAGUACCACCAAUUAUAUCUACACAAAAUGAUUCAAAUCCAUCUACUAAUAUUGAAAAUAAAAUAUCUACACAUGUUGAAACUUCUAUGAAAAAUACACAAUCAACUGUAAAUAGAAUUAUUUCUGGAAAAAUUAAAACAGAAACAGAUAAUUGCAAAACAAAUUGUAAUAUUAUAACAAAAAGUCAAACUAUUAAUCAGAAAUUAAAACAUAUGGUUUCAAAAAAUGAUGCAAAUACUAUCAUUAACAGACAUAAUAAAAUAGAACAUAUUGGUCAUAAAAAAAUAAUUCAGAAUCAUGUAAAACAACCUGACCGAUCCACAGUAGAAAACAAAGUGGAUAAUACACAAAGAAUUAGUUUAUUAAAAACACAAUGUUCAACAAUAGGAAACUCAAUGGACCAAGUUCCCAGAUCCCAAAAUGUUGAUGUACCUACCAGCAAGCCAACUUUACCAAUUGGAGAAAUUAAUGUAACAGAAGCAAAAGUUAAACAAAAAUUACUUGAAACUACAGUUCCAAUUGCAAUUGGUGUGGAUGCAAGUGUAGAAAGAGUCAGCAGUGGAGGAGGUGGUGAAGAUUCAGGUAUUGAGUCAAUGGAUGCUCUAUCAGAGAAAUCACCAAAUCAAGGGGAAUCUCCUUUGCAUAGGCCAGUGACUGAAUCAGUAACACAAAGCAGUACAAAGACUGCUAUUCAAGGGGAAUCUACCCUACCAAUCACCAAUAAGAACGUGCCUUCCUCAACUAGUAGUAGUGAUAUGUGUUCAAAUUCCCAUUCGGAACUUCUAAAAUCCAGUGGCCCGCAAAGGUUAAGUCCUGUGUCCGUAGCAAGUUAUCUUGAAAAUCAUUUAAAUCGUAAUAUAUCAAAUUCCAGUGAACAUGACACAAAAAAUAUAUCUAGUGAAAAUUCAACUUCAACAAUACAGAGAACUGGUGGUCAUAGUGACUUGAUUCCUAGUUUAGAAGUGACUGAUAAAAGUGUAUCCAGCCCUCUAGUGUCAGGAUCUGUGACUAUUGUGACUACUUCUGUAUCCAGUACUGUGGAUAGUGAUAACUUAUUGCAAUGCGCACAGCAACAAACAAAUGACUUUUCUGAAAAAGACAAUUGUAGCAUUAAAUUAGAAGCUUCUAUCAAUCAGCAUGAGCAGGGUAAGACAAAUAUUAAACAUGAAGUGUCAAGAACCCCAGAAAGUGCAUCUGAAGACAAUGUAAAAACAGUCAUAGAUGGUAAUAGUGCAAUUAGAUUAAAUGAUGAACCUCAUGGACAAAAUAAUAAUGGUGUGCCUGUAAUACAAAAUCAUGUUGCUUAUAAUAAGAUAAAGACAGAAAAACUUGAUACUACACUUACAAAUGAGGCUAAGGUGGUAGUAGACAACUCAUGUUCUAGUAGUUCAAGUUUUAGUUCUGAAAUCAAAGUAGAAUCUAAUGUUAAUGAAAAAGUUGAUGAUACAAGGCAAAAUGAUCGAUCAGAUAAUACAAAAAACUCUUUAAGUGUAACAUCUGUUAAGUUAGAACAAUGUUCCGAUCAAAACCAAAAAUCUAAUGUACAAAGUCAUCAACAAAUAUCUGUUAGGGAGUCUUCUAUGAAUCUUCAAAAAGUUGCAGAUGAUUUGGUUAAGAAAAUUGUAAAUGAUGCAAGUGAUAUAAACAUAGGUAUUCAAUCACCUCUUGGUGAAGAUCCUCAACCAAUUAGAAUUACUCCACCAUUAUAUACAUACUCUAAUCCAGUAGUUUUACAAAGAGAUGAGACUCCAAGCCCAGCAGCACAAAAUCCAGAAGUGGAUUCGAGUGAUGUUGAACAUGUCAAAAGAAAACGUAGGAGAAAACAAGAAUUAGAAGGACGACAAGAUGUUAUAUGUAUAGAAGACAAUGAUGAAACACAAUUUGUAGAAAGAUUGAAUUCUAAUAAUACAGAUGAUUAUGUUAAAAGACCACCAAAAUCAUUGUUAGAACAGCUUCUAAUAGAAAUACCGAAUGAUACUAAUGAGAAGAGAUCUCUAAGAACAAGAUCUCAGAAAUUAAAUAGUCCUGAUAUCAUAAAGACUCCAAAAGGUAGUCCUCAUGGUCCUAAUAAAUUAGAAGAGAGACGCAGUAUAUCACCUUAUGCUAAAGCAAGUCCUAAAUUAGGAGUAUCUAAAUUAUCUCCUAAUACGACAAUAAAAGUGGGGAAAAGAAAACGUCAGGAAAGUGAAAGUUCUGUAGCAUCUAGCACUGCUGAUGAUCCACAAUCACGACCAGGAAAACGAAAAUGUUCAGAAAAUGCUGCAGAACUUAUAAAAGCUUGUAUGGGUGUUGAUGAAGCUGCUUUAAAGAAACAAGUACCUGUCAAAGAAGAACAGCCAAAAAAGGGAUUUAAUAUACUGGCUAAGACUAAAAAAGGUCCCAUUGUGGUAGAAGUAGAUUCGUCUGAUGAUGAGCCAUUGAUUGAAUCUGUAGGAAAAGCAAGAAUGCGAUUAUCAGACGAAACAUCCGCUGCAUCUCCAAAAUCUAAAGAUCAAAAAACAAAUACAAGCACAACUGUUUCUGGCAGUCAAAUUAAUUCCAGUAAUAUAUCAAAUUUCAAUGCCAGUAAUAGAGUGCAAAGAGAGAGCCGUUUGUUAACUACUAAACAACCGAAUACAACCGCGAUAGUUACCGCCGGAAAGGAAAGGCUACGUGGUACUUCCAUAUCCAAUAAUGAAUCCUUAGGAGAAGUUACAACAAGAAGAUCUGUUCGACAGAACACAUCUUCGCCAUUGGCAACACCAGCAAGCAAUACAAGAGGUGCGUCUAGAUCUACAGAAGAUAUUACUAGACGAAAAACUCGAAGUGGUGCUGACACCUCGUACAGCGGGAACAUUGUUUUAGUAACAGCUGAAGCAACGGAGCAAGCAAAACGGAGGCGAAUAUCCCGAGAAAACAAAUGACCUUCGGGAAGUGACCUUGACAGUGAUUAGCUACCGUCGCUCGUCAAGGCCUAUCCGACUAAUUGUGUAUCUAUUACAAAUGGUUAUGUGAUCGCCGUGUGGCUGGACCCCACCUGGUGAAACUGCAUGCGUCAAUACCGCACAAUGCUGCUGUGUAUAUAUAUAUGUGUGUGUAUAAUAUGUGUGUAUAUAUAUAUAUAUAUAUAUAUACAUAUACAUAUAUAUGUAUAUAUCAGGAGUAUCGUAUUUGUGGAGUGCUGGAUGGUAUUUAAAUUUUUUGUUGCAAUAGAAUAUAUGCUGAAUUUCAUUAAGAUAAAUUUUAUAUUUCAUAAUAUUAUGCAAAUAUUUGAAAUAAAUUUAUAGGAUAUUAUUGUUACGUUUUUAAAUGUUUAAAGUGCUCAUCAUAAAAGUAAAAAAUAAAAAAUAUUUUAUUAUUUUUUGUUACCGUCUAAGCGUUCUCAAUUACACUUUACUCCUAAACAGCAAAGUUUAGUUACUCAGAAUAAUCUGCUCAAUGCAUUAUAUCUUAAGUAACUGAACUGAUCCAAAACUGCCGACUUAAUGUGCAACUUUCUUUUGCCAAGCUUGUAUAAUUCUGUAUUUAAUUAAUAUAAAAAAAUUUUUAUUUAAUAAUUUUGUAAAAUAUUAUGUUAUAUCUUCAAUAUAAACAAAAUUUUAUUAAUUGAAUAUCUAAUAUUAUUUUAUUAAUAGAUAGAUU